GAGAAGCCCGUUUUUUUCCUUUCUCGUUUACAAAUUUAUUAUUUUUUUCCCCCUUCUGGGUCGGAUGAGUUCAUUCGCGGAGCUGGCCGCCUCGUCGUGGGCCCUCGGAUGCCCCCACCCCCACCCCUCUCAUCCCGCGUCUCGACGGAGCGAACGCCGCUGCGGCAUCACCGGCGUCAGCCUCCGAACCGCGCGGCGGAGGAGCCCGCUGCUCACCGGCGAACGAGCCUCACGCAGAAACAUCGUGUCCUUCACGUGAGGGAGAAGAGGGAAAAGAAAACCAGAGGGGAGACUUUUCAUUCCCAUCAAUAUUUCAGGAUCGUCUUGUUUACCAGAGAAACAGCCGGCUGACGGUGAAAUUACGGCAUGUAGGAGCUGGAUAACUAUCCCGGUGUGACCGACACCCAUCUGCAGCUGAUUUCACAACCAUGACAAAGGACAAGCCUUUGGGGUCAGAAGACCUGCUCUAACAACAAAUGAUGUUCUGAAGACAGUCUUUCGGCCACCAUGAAAGGGUUAGGAGCCAGCCGUAGUCGCCACCUGUCUGACUCCUGUGAGCCAGCAGGAUGCACACAGAAACCUCUGUGUCCUUUAAAUUCUGACCCUCACGGCUCCUUUUUGUUGAGCCCGACUAUAAACCACUAUGGCACUCUGGAUCCCCAUCUUUACCAGUGCCAGCCCACCAGCCCCACCUCCUUGACCCAGGACUGCCUGCUGCCCUUUAAUCAAAUGUCCAGCAGCAGCACCUUCCCUCGUCUGCAUUUUACUCCGCAGAAUGACCAGCUGGAAUGCUCCCGCGGCUGCAUGGCUGGUGGCGGGCCUGGACAGGGCAGCAGAACGGGGACACUAUCCACUUCCUUGUCGAUGGGUAUGGGCCUGGGUUUGGGUUUGACUGGUGCCCCUAUGAUCACCAGCGGAUCAGCCACUAUCUCUUCUGCAGCAGUCACCAAGAUGAACCGGUUACCUUCCAAUCUUUUGGAUCAACUUGAAAGGCACCUGCCUCUGCAACGCGACGGCUUCAGUACGUUGCAGUUCCACAGAGGACGUGUGUCCAAGCAACGGAGCGAGAGUCCGGGACGCAUACGGCAUCUCAUGCACUCUGUGCAGAAACUUUUUGCCAAGUCGCAUUCCUUGGAGAACUCUGUGGUAAAAGGUGGCACAAUCGGGCGCACCGCUGGAGGAGACGCAGCAGGAAGCGGCGAGGAGGGUGGUAGACCAAGCCGCAGGAGCAAAAGCAGAGACAGAGCUAAAACCGAAGGUCCCAAACAGAGACCCAGACCAAGCACCCUUGGCCUGUGGAGCUCAGAUGACGCCUUGGAUAGUGACACCCCCAAAGCUGGCCCUAUUGCUGUAGGUUACCGCAACCCGCUGACUAUGAUGACUCUUGGCAGAGCGGUGUCAGACAGCCAGGCCCACACCAGACACAUCCCACAGGGCUAUAACACUAUUUCUGCACAUUCUCUCAAGACCUCAAAAAGCAGCAGUGACCUCAAAUUCCUGGCAUGUCCAGCGAUGCAGUUAGUAUCCAAGGAAGAGGAGCCGAAACCACGAGAAAGCAGGGAUGAUACGGCGAUGAAGAGGGGCUCCUGGUCCACUCUCACCUUCAGUCAGGCAAAGCAAGUUUUGCAGAAGGGCUCGGCCACGGUCAACAGGACUCUGCUGAAGUCAAAGUCCUGCCAUCAAGACUUGGCACAAAAGUUCCUCCAGGUCCCCCUGGAUGACUGGACUGGAACUCUAACCUGUGGUCAAACCAAGGGAACGGAAAUCCCUUGCAGGAGAAUGCGCAGUGGCAGCUACGUGAAAGCAAUGGGAGACCUGGAAGACAGUGAGGACUCGGAGGGAAGCCCCAAACCUUCGCCCAAAUCUGCAGCCCGUCGGCAGAGCUACCUGAAGGCCACGCAGCAAUCCCUGAGCGAGCAGCAGCCGCCACUGCCCCCACGCAACUCGCUGCCGUCUCUCAAAGAGCUGUCCACCAACCGGAGCCUUGAUAACUUAGAUUGCCUGGUGAGCCCUCUGGAGGCCCCCCCACGCCACAGGAACAAUGACUUCAGCCAGUGCUCGAGCACCCUGGGCAGAGGCUUGGGCACUCAGCGUGUGAGUGUACACACGUUUUUUCAGGUUUGUGGGCAGGGCUGUGGCCACUCUAUGCCCUAUUGUGAAGGGGAAUCGCAGGCAGUGGAGGCUCUGGAUCUGCCUGCUCCCACGUGCUUCCGCUCACGCAGCCACAGCUACUUGAGGGCGAUCCAGGCGGGCUGCUCCCAAGAUGAAGACACAGCUUCUGUGGAUUCCGAUUCACCGCCACCCACCGCUGGAAGCUACAGCUACAGCUCCAACACAUUAAGCAAUAGGAGGGCUCCUCCUCCAGUCCCGCCCCGCAUCACAUCCAAGCCCCUCAUCUCGGUGACGUUGCAAAGCAGUACAGAGUCGGCCCAAGACACGUACCUUGACCAGCAGGACCGCGGCAGCGAGGCCAACAGCCACUCCGGCCGCAGCAACUCCUCCGACAGUCUCUGUAGCACGCGCACGGGCAGCCUGGCUAAGGGGACCAAGCUUCCACCAGUGCCGGUCCCUGCCGCAGGCUCCGCACCCCCUGUUCCAGCCCCCCGUGACCUCCCGACCACAUCCGCAGUCUCAAACGCAACCACCACUUCCACAUCUACUCAGUCCCAAAAUGUCACCCUGAGCUUUUUAACCUUAGAGCAGCCCCCCACUGCACCCAAGAGGAAACUGUCCUCCAUUGGAGUUCAGGUGGAUUGUCUUCUCCCUGUACAAAGUGAAGAACCUGUUCUUCUGUGUGCACCUCUGAAGUUUCAGUCGAUUGGAGUUCAAGUGGAAAACGGCAGGCCUCUCAGCCGGGACAGCAGCAUGGCCUCCAGACAAAACACAGAGACCGAGCCUCAGCCGCAGGAGCCCGCCCCCACAGAAAACAACAACUGCACCAACUGUCAGAUCACCACCGCUACCAACGGGCAGGACAAAGCGGCGGAACAGAAGCCCCUGAAACGCUCCUCGCUCACCACUAGGAUAUCCUCCGAGGCUCUGGAUCCAGCUUUAGACCCCUCCUCCCUGCCGCCGCCGGACCCCAGCCUGGAGUCUGGAAACUGCAGCACGCAGCGGGACGGCGCUCAGCCCACUGUGCCAACCUGCCUCCGAGACGGAAACUGGUUUCUGAAGCUGCUUCAGGCAGAAACGGGCCGCAUGGAGGGCUGGUGUCAACAGAUGGAGCAGGAGACCAAAGAUAACAAGCUCUCAGAGGAGGUGCUUGGGACGAUCCGCAGUGCUGUAGGCAGUGCUCAGCUGCUUAUUUCCCAGAAAUUUGAGCAGUUCAGAGGUCUCUGUAAUGAGAACUUGAACGUAAAUGCCAACCCGCGACCUACAGCACAGGACCUCGCAGGGUUUUGGGAUCUGCUGCAGCUCUCUAUAGAAGACAUCAGCAUGAAGUUUGAUGAGUUGUACCAACUAAAAGCCAACAACUGGCAACUUCCUGAGAAGCCCGAGAAGAAGGACGACAACAAGCAGCUUCCCUCAUCUGUGCCAAAAAAGCAGCCUAAGCCCCGGCUGCCCACGGGGAAGGACAAGAGCGUGGACUCGGCGGUGGACAAGCAGCGACAAGAGGCGAGGAAGCGCCUCAUGGCGGCAAAGCGGGCCGCAUCCGUACGACAGAACUCCGCCACCGAGAGCGCAGACAGUAUCGAAAUCUACGUCCCCGAGGCGCAGACCCGCCUUUGAGAGCAUUAAGGAAAACCACAACUCAGACAUUUUUAGACAAACAGGCGGAUCUGAUAUGAAGAACACACACAAAAACAAACGUACCACGGAUGCACAAAGGUCAAUCCUCCCUACCAGCGUAACUGACAGCAGGAGUCACAGAACACCUGAGUAAUCCAGUGUGACGCAGACUGUCAAUGUGCUGCCAUGGGACAGAAACAACCUCCACAGAUGUUUAAUACUGUUGUUAUUAUUGUUAUUGAUAUUAUAAAAUUAUUAUCUUCUAAAGUAUUUCAAGAUUGUCUUAAUUGUGCAACUAUGUUGGAAAAGGACUUUAUCCUGUAUCCUGUGAGCUGAAGAAUCCCAGAAGUUUACUCUCCAAAAAAGAAAAAAACAAAAAAAAACAUCCCUUCUGAGUACUGGGAAAAUGUGGCUGUGCAGUUUGAGGUGAGCUACCAUCCACACACACUCAGGACACACAUGCAGGUGUACUCACUGUCCAGUCUUCCUGUUCUCUUUGUAUCAGGCUGCCACUCGUCGCGUGUGUAAAGAGCGCCGGAACAGUUCUAAGACGACAUUAUUGUACUCAGAGGUUUAAGGUGCAGAGAACCAGAGGAAGCUAGUAGCAUAUACUAUAAAUAUCACACUAUUACAAAGUUGAUUUUGUAAAUGUUGUAUAACAGAUUAAUUGUUAGAAAGAGAUCAUUGUUGAGCACCAAGGUAGUUUUUUAUAGAUUGAGUACAUUUUCUGUCACGAUAUUAUAUUAGCACUCGAUGCAAUCAUUCACUCUUCUCCUUUUGUCACGAGCGUUCAUUACAGUCUGUGAAAACCCACUGAUUCAGUCUUACUUUGGGAAGGAGGGGAGGACCGGCCGGGGAAAUGGAAUGUACCCAAUCAUUUACGUCCACUUGAUCGCUGCACUUUCCGUUCACCUCAGAUCAAGUAUUGCUCCACCUUUGUGUUUCCCUCCACUUUCACUGCAUCCUGAUGGUGGGAUGCAGGGGACCAAGAAAAAAAAGGCAUUCCCGUUCAAAGCGGCUCUGUGACGGGGUGGGGGUCUACACGCUGCUGGAAAGGAUUUGAUAAAGCAAUAAUACGAGAUCCCCCGCUGGUACCCAGUCUUCAAUCAUUCAACAUUUCCAGUUGGAUUUUCUUGAUGCGAGGGAUUGGUGUUUCUCUAAAGUGCCGUUGAGGCGUCAAAAUCUCAGGUUACACUGAUGAAAAAUGUUUUUGUUAGCUCUAUUGAAUUGGCCAAAUCUGCUUGUUCCUCCCUGUGUUGUGGUGCGGCCGUCAGCUGGCUCCUUUCUGGCAGCUUAAACUCCCACCCGAAAUCAAAAAUGUUUUUUUUUUUGUUUUGUCAUUUGGCACAUUUUGUUUGAUUUGAAAAGAGGUCAAAAUAAACUUGUAUUUAUGAUUAUGAACUCAAAGGAUUCCAUACUGUGCCAAGAUGGCUGUAAUCAUUUCAAUAGGGUUUUUUAUUGUAUUAUUUAAAGCAUUUAUUUAAUUUCCUCAUAAAUUGAGUUGCCCAUGUUUGUACUUGUUUGCUUUAGCUCACUCCAUACAUUCUACACUUUGCCUCUGUUGACUUUUAUUUUUUGUCUUUCUCAAAUGUUGGAAGUUUGAGAUGUGGAUCUAGGUUUAAUAAAUAAUCUUGUACGAAUCCAGAUUACCAUGUUUUGUUUUUUAGAGCUGGUUCAGCCUCUUCUGGCCAGUUUAAUAUUACUCCCCAAUUAUGAAACAGUGAAAUGAAGUUGAACUGGGAAUGCUGGCGUAACAUUACAUUGUCAAUUCUAUUUUUUGUAUGACAUCAACAACGAACGUGAGCACCUCAUGGUCCAAAGAAGUCAUUAAACAUCCCUUUGCUACA